GUGCAACUUAUUCAAUUCGCAUCCACCAUGUAUCAAAUGCUUCUGGGUCGCUCCAGACCAGCCCUCGGCAAUUUCGGCCAGAGGCUGUCUGCGGAACCCUCGACGCUGAAUGCCUCAGACCCCUCUCAACAGCGAAGACAUAUCGUCCGGUCGGAUACCUACCGCAAGGAUAGCUCCGAGCCCGGUCACAUCCCCAUCAGUUCCUUACGCGUGCAGGGCGCCGCCUGGGGUGUGGCGGGCGCUGGCAUGUUUGCAACCCUGCAUGGGGUCUAUAUGAUGUUACGGUCCUUCCGGCAGAUUCGAUACAUCUAG